CCACACGGGGGUACCCAGGCUUUAAAAACUAAAAGUUUUGUCAUACUGAUUACCUGCAAAAUUAACUUCAAGUCGUGCUACGCCACAAUAAACAAUAACGAAACAAUGGCGGACAACUACCAGGACGGUUUCGAGAAUCAGGACUUCGAUGAAGGUUUGGAUCAGAUCCUUGAAGAGUUAUUUGAUGAGAACGUGUUGUUUGCUUGUGAUGAACCCGGUGCUGUUAAUAACGACGAGCAAGAUGUUGGCAGCAAUCAGGAGCUGAUAACCCCUCCAGAAAACGUUGCGCAAGAAGUUGAGAUUAGCACCGAAUCACAACACGCCCUAGGACACGUCACAAAGCCUGCCUCCGCCGACGCGCCGGAUCCCGAGGGUGAUUCUCACAAUCUCCCAGAUGUCUCAAACGUACGCACCGAAGCUAGCGUUACGUGUAGAGUACGACAUUCGGAGGGCCAGGGAGUGAAACGUCUGAGGUUACCGGAGUGGGGAACAGACGAUGUACCAAGCACCAGUCGUUUAAGGACUUCGGAGAAUAACGAGCAGCGAUAUGAUGAAGGAGGGGUGACAGCUUGGAGCGAUUCUAUGGUGAGCGCGUGGGAUCGUGCGUCUUUUAGCGAUUCGGCAAGCGAAGAGGAGACGGAAGAAUUGCCUAACGAAGACCCUCAAGAGCUGUUCCGUGAACGUGACUUAAAUAGAAGGCUUGAUUAUGAUAUGCUUCGCCGUGUUAAUCGACGGUUUGGCACACUUUUCGAUUUGAGCGGUCAAGCAUUGUCCUAUCGAGGUGCAGAAGAGAUCGUGGGUAAUGCUCAAAGUGAUGUGGUAGCGAUUUUGAGGAACAUCAUCGAAUGCCAACAACAGCUGAACGAAUCCUUACGUCAUGCAGCCGAAUUUUGGAGGAGUUGUCACGAUCAACUAUAUGGUGAAUUUCGUCAGUUUCAACAACGUAUGAACGGGGUACCGGGAGAAAUCCAUCAGGUACAAGUUGAACAAAACUUAAUUGUUAACGCUCUUACUCUGAUCAGUGAACGUUUAAAUCUAAUGCAAAGAAUGUUAUCAGAUUUGUACCGACGUGAUCAUCCUUGAUAUGUAUUGUCUUGUUGUUUUUAGUAUUAU